UAUUAACUUGGUGGACAGGCGGACAGCUGUGAGACCGAAAGACUAUUGUAAUUGUAAGAGUUUUGUAAACUUUCUUGACCAUUUGUUACCAUGUUGCGAUGUUCUUUUAGGUGUGGUGUGAUAGUGACAAUUUUUGCCUCUUGGAAAUACCAAGUUAAAGGACAACCUGUUUAAAUGAAAGAAAGAAAAAAUUGCAAUGCUGACAAAUUAAGUUGUAGCCUACUGUUUUGUAAAAUAUGAAACAUAAAGAAACGAAUUACAUCCGGUAGCCUUGAAGGUUUUUCAUAAGGUUACAUAAGCUGCAAUAGCCUACUUCUCAUGUGGAAAAGAUGCCGCCUGGAGAUACCGUAAACUGAGCCAUCAGAGAAAACACUGGAAAUAUUGAUUCAGUAAAUAAUUCCUAGCUGUUCAAUCACAUGGAACUAUGCUUCUCCACAUGGGCAAGUACUUUUUUCAUAAUAAGUAAACUUAUCUCCGCAGUCAUGAAUAGUAUAGCUGUGUCAUUCACGCCCCCGUGGAAUCUGAUCGUGGUCGUCUGCAGAUUCCCAGGCAGACUAGUCCUCCCCACCCAGACUUCUCCUGAAGAUGGACCCUCUGGCGCUUCCAAAAGACAGAAAUAGAGGCUGGUACCUCUCAUUAAUGGCACCAAACACCAAAGGAUCAAACUUUGCCUGGCUUGACCCAUCAAGGCUUUACUGUAACGCCCAGGCUCUUUCAGAUUGUGUGCAGGACCUUCUCUGUCCAUUCCAGAAUGAAACUAUCGACCUAGUUGCGGGUAUAGAUGCAAUGGGAUUCAUCUUAGGGUCGGCAGUGGCCGCCACACUAGGAAAAGGCUUCCUGGCUAUCCGUAAGUCAGGACACCUGUGUAUAGAAACGCAGAGUCAGAAGUACAGCGACUACUCUGGCAGGGAAAAAUUAAUGGAAGUAAGACUGGAUGUGCUAAAACCAGGCCUUCGGGUCCUGAUUGUAGACCAGUGGAUAGAGACUGGAGGUACCAUGAAGGCUGCCUUACAACUGGUGGAGAAGCAAGGAGCCACUGUUGUUGGUGUAACUGCUGUGGCUAUUGAGAACAGCGAGGGAGGGAAGUGGAUCAAAGACCAUUACAAAUACUCUCACUGCAUCCCAGAGGAACUUCAGAGUCAAAUUGAUGAACAAUAUCUAGAUUCUUUCAAAAGCUUCAAGAGUUAAACCCUUACACGCUUCAUUUCCAAGGAAAUUUAUUUAACACUAAUCUAUACUU